CAAUUGCUAAGUGUAAAGUAAUGAUGAGCAAUGGUGCCUCUUUCAAUAUUGUGAAUGCGAUUUUGUCUAGUUUAAAACAUGAACCAAAUUCAAUCAUUGGAAAGUUCUUGCAUUAUUCUCAGGUGACCUAUAAGGCCCAUUGGUCUCUCGUUAUUUUUUAGGAAGCUCAUCAUUAUGUUAUCAUGGAAACCCAGUUAUUGCAGAAAGGGAAAGAAGCACAGUCAGCAACUGCCAAGGCCAACAAGGAGAAAAGGAAGCAAGAGAUUGGAGGAUUUUUCAAAUUUGUAGUGAAACAGGCAGAAAAAAGGGGACCAAAAUUAAAGGCAGUCCAGUUAAUAAAACAGAUAUUAGAGGUAAUGAGGGAUGGAUUUAUGCUGUCUGCAUAUGGUUUGGACUACAGCAAUAUACUGUUGAAAAAUGUUUUGACAGUCAGAAAGUAUUGUACAGAAAUCACAGAGAAGACUUGGCAUGACUUGAUUACUGUGUACUGUAAAUUGUUUGGGGACCCAGAUUGUGGUUUGGAUACAAUCUUGCUAUCCAGGAUCAUUCGGUUGCUGAUUUCCGCUGCUACUGUGCGCUGUCAACUCAGACCUAAGAAAUUCCUGUCAUUCUUCACAGAAGUCUUCAUGGACAUCAGGUAUUUUCUUCCUUUACUUGUCAUCACCAUCAUCACAUCACUAUCGCUACCAUCAUCAUCACCAAUAUCAUUUGUUUCAACUUUCAAGAUAAUCUUUUGUCCCCUCGCUUAA